AUGGAGGAUGAAUGCAAGCCGAGUAGAGACGCGCAAAGAAGAUUGAAUCCGCCAAUGAUGGAAGUGGUCAACAAAGAGAUUUUAAAGCUCCUAGAUGUGGGAAUGAUCUAUCCAAUCUCGGAUAGCAAAUGGGUGAGCCCAGUUCAAGUCGUGCCAAAGAAGACGGGAAUCACGGUGGUCGAGAACAACAAAGGCGCCGUUUUGGGUCAAAAGAAUGGGAAGGCCUCCUACGUGAUCUAUUAUGCAUCAAGGACACUAGACAAUGCUCAAAGCAACUACUCUACCACAGAGAAGGAGCUAUUGGUGAUAGUGUUCGCCUUGGAGAAAUUUAGACAAUACCUACUUGUUACUAAGGUCAUAGUGUAUUCGGAUCACGUAGCACUUAAGUACUUAAUGACGAAGAAAGAUGCAAAGCCAAGACUCAUCCGGUGGAUCCAACUAUUACAAGAAUUUCACUUGGAAAUCCGGGACAUGAGUGGAUGCGAGAACCUCGUUGUUGAUCAUCUAAGUUGGAUCACUUCAAAUGAAACCCCUCUCUCGUUGCGGGACAAGUUUCUGGAUGAGCAUCUCUUUUCCCUUACUCAAUCUACUCCUUGGGGACACUUCGGACCUAGCCGGACCUUGAGAAAGGUCCUUGAGAGUGGACUAUUUUGGCCAACCAUGUCACGCGACGGUUACUUGUUUUGCAAAAGUUGUGAAAGGUGCCAAAGUAUGGGAAAUCUUUCACAAAAGAACCAAAUGCCCCAAAAUCCAAUCCUUGUUUGUGAAAUUUCUGACGUAUGGGGGAUUGAUUUCAUGGGCCCAUUUCCCGUCUCAUUUGGCAACGUUUAUAUUUUAUUCGCGGUUGACUAUGUCUCUAAGUGGGUUGAAGCCAAAGCCACAAGAUCGGAUGAUGCCAAAACAGUUAUCGACUUUUUAAAAUCUAAUGUCUUUGUGAGAUUUGGUGUGCCCAUGGCGUUGAUUAGUGAUAGACGGACGCACUUUUGCAACAAGAUGAUGGAGGCUUUAUUGUUGAAGUACAACGUGACCCAUCGUGUCUCUACCGCCUACCACCCCCAAACGAACGAUCAAGCGGAAGUUACGAAUCGUGAAGUGAAAAGUAUUCUGGAAAAAAAAGGUGAAUCCUUCAAGAAAGGAUUGGAGUUUAAGGCUUGA